AUGGAUGCUGUAGUAUAUAAAAAUAUAGUUGCAAGCAUCAAAGAAUACCAAGGCCUUUCUCAAAAUUGUAUGAAGCUUUUACUGAAAACAUAUCCAAAUCAGAGCUAUGACACUUUAUACAGUAUUCUGGCAUUGGAAAUUAGAAAUAGGAUGAAAAUCAAUCAUCCGAGAUCACAAAUGAAUCAACAAAAGUUUUGGGAAAUUUAUCAAAAAUCCAUUGAAAACUGUGAUAAAUUAGGUACUAUAGUCCGAAUGGCAGAAAAGUUUGAUACAUCACCUUGUUUGUUAGCAAAAGUCAUUUUGAACCAAUAUUUUGAGAAGGAACAUUGUUGUGAAGAUGUGCCUCUAUCCAAUAUCAACAUAUAUUUACGUGAUACAACCCUCAUUCCUGAUAUGCAUUUAGCUGCUGAAGUUUUUUUAUGUACACUUUAUGAUAACAUUUAUAGCCCUUUGACAGAGUCCAUGAGAAGUUCCCUAGGCCAACAGUAUGAAAUAAAGCUGUAUAAAGAAGUAAUGAACCUUGGUCUGGGUUUCAGAGAUGAGGAACAUCUAAGAAAACAUGGUUAUGACAAAACACCAGACUGUAAGCUAGAUGUACCCAUAAUAAUUGAUGGAUUUGUUGUCAACUGGAUAGAAAGCAAGGCUCUAUUUGGGGAUGAAGAUAUUCAUAGGGAUUAUAUGAAAAAUCAGUAUCUGAGUUAUUGGAACAGGUUUGGUUCUGGCAUGAUAUUAUAUUGGUUUGGAUAUCUCAAAACUAUCUUGGAACCCAAUGAUAAGAGGUUCAUCAUCAAGGACCAUUUACCUAAAAAUAUAAUUCAAAUUUCUCCUCCAAACUUUGAGCUUGAUGAUAUGUGA